AUGCACACGAAGGCGGCGUUCUCGCAGAGGUAAGAUUUGCAUUAUUCUUUUUCGAGGAAGUGGAAUGAUCUGAUCUGAUCAGCUAUUAGAUGCAUUACUAUGGCAUGAGCAAAAGAGGGAGAGAGCGUCAGAGUUCAUGUGCAAGCAAAGCGAUACGGUCGUCAUUUGAAAAGCACACAUUCGGAUAGAUAUCACUCUGCGUCUCUCGAUCCGCCACACUCUCUCCGAUUCAACCUGUGUCUGGCUCAAAACCGAUGUCAUUUCGGUUUGCUCUCUCUCUCUCUCUCUUUCUUUCUCAGCCGAUUUAUCAUCGAUACGGACCGCACGCGCGGGCCAAUCUCUUUUGUCACUUCUCUCCAAAAUUGUGUCUUUCUUCAGAGAUCGCUCCUCGAGAAUGCACCAUCGGAAACAGAAGAACGGCAACGCCGCAGCGGUCGGAAAGUCGAUCGGAAGACGGGAAAGCGGAAUGGAGGCGAUGGCGCGGUUACGGUAGGUCACUGUACUCUUUGCUCUUCCCUUUCCAAACGUUUUCAAAGUUUUUUAGAUACUUGAACAAGAAACCGUUAUGUCUACAGUACAACGUUCCCAAUUCCGCUUACGCCAGAAGACAUUCAGCUCAAGGCACGAAAAGGAAAGAACGUGAGUGGCAGAGAGUGAAGAGUACAAAAAAAAAUAGAGUUUCAGAGUCGUUCAUAGUAGUGAUUCUGUGUGGAAUCGCAAAAUUAGUUCAAUGGGCUGCCGUCGGAUUCCAACAGGCAGCAGUGGACUUUCUUGUGAAACCGGCUCAUGAGCUGUUCCCGGAUGAGUUCCCCAAUCAGUAAGUGAGUCAGCCCAAACGUUUUCUGAUUAUAUGGGCUUUCAAAGUGUAACAGUUCCAAAGUCUUCUCUCUUCAGAUGUUUCCAAACCAACUUCUACCGCAACCCAAUCCAACUGCGAAAGAAACCAGCGAAACGAGCAAUCGUCAGGAGAACGGACGUCUCCCGAAUGUUACAGUCAAUUGAUAACAAGUACUUUUGA